UGUGUCCGUCAGUGUGGUGAAUAUUUCUGCCUUCUCAGUGUCACAUUCCAGCUUCCAGAGCUCUUCCUAACUCAGGUUAUAAAGAGAAGCAUCUGCGCUCUGCGUUUUGAACACCUUUCAUUUUUACCUCUACUGACUUUUGCUGCCUUCUUUUGAAUAAGCAAACAGACUCUACAGGAGAGUUUACCUUCCCACUUUUACCUUCUUUAAGGUCUUGAGGACUUGCAUGGAUUCUCAUAUGUACGGAGGCUCUUUUCUGCAAAGGAAUACCUCGGCUCUGAUGUGUUUGCAUGGAUAAGAGGAAGAAUUGAAUAUACUGGUACAACCUGGAGUUCUUAUAGAUGGACCACUAUCAACGCAUUCCGGUACCACACAAUAAGUGAUCCAUAGAGUGUCCGUGGAUGAAAUGGUUACAGCUUUCCUCAAUGAAAGGCAGGCCACUACUGAGGAGAUGGCUUUAGUAAGCAAUGCGCUGGCUGCUUACUCCUUCAUAGCAGAUCAGCCGGAGCGGGCGGCGCUGUAUUUCGUGUGUGGAGUGUGUUUGGGACUGGUUCUCACUCUCAUCGCGCUUGUGGUGCAAAUCUCCUGUCGAACCGACUGCAAAACGCAACAAGCGCCCAAGAAACCGGGAAAGACUGCGGAAAACACCAGUGACACGAGCGACAGCGACUCAGACUGGGACAACACCUCUGACCUGUCAGCUCGCCGCCAUCGGCGAUUUGAACGGACGCUCGGUAACGUGUUCACCUCCGCCGAGGAGCUGGAGCGCGCGCAGCGGCUGGAGGAACGCGAGCGGAUUAUCCGCGAGAUCUGGAUGAACGGACAGCCGGACAUGCCGGGCACGCGCAGCCUCAACCGUUAUUAUUGAAAGAGACUGAAAUACGUUUGAAAAAUGUAUUAGCUAUUACACUUUUUGGGAUUCAGUAAGGGACUGAGAUGUGAGAGACGGUUUGGAACAGCUCUUCUAGUGGCGCUGGCACUACUAUGGAAGCGUUCGUGUAUUUAAAGGUGCA